GCUAUAUCAUCCGUGCUGUAGUUAGGCGGCAUUGCACGUUGCUAGUUAGUUGCAAUGUUGUAGCUAUUAGCACGAUAGCCAUUCCUUCGCUGGGGGGGAGACCUACCGUUUAGUUUGACAAAGCUACGUAAUUACUUCUCACUCAUUUCAGAUAAAGUCCAACCAGCAGCCAACUGCUGGCUAACAGAAAUUAUUUAUACAAGAUAUUAGCUAGUUUGUUUUAUUUUUUAGCCUGCUAGCCGUUCCAGACAGCUAGCCGCUAGCGUCCAGCUGUCUUCUCCCAUAGUGCGAACCGUCUCCUGGCCAGCUGGAGGACGAUGGCGAUGAGACAGACUCCGCUCACCUGCUCCGGUCAUACUCGACCUGUGGUGGACCUGGCCUUUAGUGGAAUCACUCCCUAUGGCUACUUCCUCAUCAGCGCCUGCAAGGAUGGCAAGCCCAUGUUGCGCCAGGGAGACACAGGGGACUGGAUAGGAACGUUUCUGGGUCACAAAGGUGCUGUCUGGGGAGCCACUCUGAACACAGACGCCACCAAGGCAGCCACUGCUGCAGCCGACUUCACAGCAAAGGUGUGGGAUGCAGUGAGUGGAGACGAGGUCCUCACACUGGCACACAAACACAUCGUCAAGACUGUCAGCUUUACUGAGGACAGCAACUGUCUUCUGACUGGAGGAAAUGACAAACUGCUGCGCAUCUAUGAUCUCAGUAACCCUGAAGCAGCACCUCAGGAGAUUUCAGGUCACACCUCGGCCAUUAAAAAAGCCUUGUGGUGUAACGGCGACAAGCAGAUCCUCUCUGCUGCUGAGGACAAAACCAUACGGCUUUGGGACAGAAGCUCCAUGGAGGAGGUAAAGACGCUGACGUUCGACACCUCUGUGAGCAGCAUGGAGUACAUGGCUGAUGGAGAGAUUCUUGUGAUCACUUAUGGGAAGACCAUCGCUUUCUACAACGCUCUGAGCUUGGACUUGAUCAAGACGGUGGAGGCCCCAGCUCCCAUAAAUUCAGCCUCCCUCCACCCAGAGAAGGACUUCUUUGUUGCUGGUGGAGAUGACUUCAAGCUCUACAAAUUUGACUACAGCACCAAGGAAGAGCUAGAGUCCUAUAAGGGUCACUUUGGUCCAGUGCACUGUGUUCGCUUCAGUCCUGAUGGCGAGCUGUAUGCCAGCGGCUCUGAGGAUGGCACAUUGCGACUGUGGCAGACAGCUGUGGGGAAAACCUAUGGCCUGUGGAAGUGUGUCCUUCCGGAGGACCUUGGGACAGAAAACUCUGAGCAACUGUACAGCUCGACCCCUGAGAUCAAAGCCUAAAGAGAACGCAUUGCUGUCUGGAAAGAGAAUAUUAAGAGAAAAGGAGCAGGGGGGGGUGUUCCAGUGUUCUAUCAGGCCCCAGCAAGGAGCAGAGUCCAGAGCAUCCCCAUCCAUCAGGAACUGAUGUGGAUAUUGUGACUGCCCUGUCUGUCAUAGACCAUCCCAUCUCUCUCUCUCUCUCUCUCACUCUCACUCACACACACAUACACACACACACACACACACACACACACACACACACACACACACACACACACACUGAUGUUAUGCAGUCAUAUGGACAGCAUGGUCUGCAGAGUAAAGUAGUAGAGCUGUGAGUGUCUGCUCAUCGCUGCCUGCUUUCCCUCUGAUCAGUCCAGUUCUGUCCGUCUGCUUAAGCUUACUUUAACUUCUCUGAAGCCUUGAAGCCCAAAUCCUGCCAAACAUAUGAUUGGUUGUGAUUUCAAAAUUAAGAUAUGUAAUGCGCUGGACCAAGGCUUUUGUUUGCAAUUUAUAGUUACCAUACUAGAGGUUGUUGCACAGUUUGUGCUACGGUUAAGACGCUUUCAUUUCUUUAAAUACAUCGCUUUGUGUAUCUGCUGCUGUUGUACUGGUUAAGUAUAUGAAAGUUAAGUGUCCAUAUCGAAAAAAAAUUGUUUUGUGACAAAGUGGAAAGGGAAAAAAUGCCACCUUUUUCAUUUUAGUUUAUAUCUUCAUUUGUGUCCAGUGAUGAAAUAAAUGCAUUACUGUUUUAUCUGAGUAAUGCACACAGA